UUUCAACUCUGCCUGCCUUGUGAGGCCGUGGAGCGGGCGCAGCCUGGAGCUGUAGCUUGUCCCUGCGGCACAGCGGGCACCAGGCAUAGUGGGCGGACAUGUCAGAAAACGAGGAUGCCGAUCACCCACGAUUUUUUGUUGGGGCUGAUGAUGGAGAGGGAGAUGAGCUGCUUGACCCUGGACGAGUGCUGAGCUACGACUGUCUCUAUGAGAACGUUGAGGAAGAGGACGAAGAUGAGGAGGAGUAUGACUCGCCUCCAGAGAGACAGAUAGUGGUGGGCAUCUGUGCCAUGGCCAAAAAGUCCAAGUCCAAGCCGAUGAAGGAGAUACUGGAGCGUCUGUGUCUGUUCAAGUACAUUACUGUUGUUACAUUCGAAGAGGAUGUAAUUCUCAACGAGCCUGUCCAAAACUGGCCGCUGUGCGACUGUCUUAUUUCAUUCCACUCCAAAGGAUUUCCGCUGGACAAAGCUGUGGCUUAUGAGAAGCUCAGGAAUCAGUUUGUGAUGAAUGAUCUGGGGCUGCAGUACAGUAUUCAGGACAGAAGAGAGGUCUAUCGGAUUCUAAAGGCCGAGGGAAUUCAGCUUCCUCGCUUUGCAGUUCUAAACAGAGAUCCAGCCAGACCAGAGGAAUGUAACCUGGUUGAAGGAGAGGACCAUGUGGAGGUGAACGGAGAAAUUUUCCAAAAGCCUUUUGUGGAGAAGCCAGUGAGUGCCGAGGACCACAAUGUCUACAUCUACUACCCCACAUCUGCAGGAGGAGGCAGCCAGCGGCUCUUCCGCAAGAUUGGCAGCAGGAGUAGUGUCUAUUCCCCUGAGAGCAGUGUACGAAAAACAGGUUCUUACAUCUAUGAAGAGUUUAUGCCUACGGAUGGCACUGAUGUGAAGGUGUACACAGUGGGCCCUGACUACGCUCACGCAGAGGCUCGUAAAUCUCCUGCAUUAGAUGGAAAGGUCGAACGAGACAGUGAAGGAAAAGAGGUUCGCUAUCCGGUCAUCCUUAACGCCAGAGAAAAGCUCAUUGCAUGGAAAGUCUGCCUGGCAUUCAAGCAAACUGUGUGUGGGUUUGACCUUCUCCGUGCUAAUGGGCAGUCAUACGUUUGCGACGUAAACGGCUUCAGCUUCGUCAAGAACUCCAUGAAGUAUUAUGAUGACUGCGCGAAAAUUCUUGGGAACAUCAUCAUGAGAGAACUAGCUCCUCAGUUCCAGAUACCAUGGUCUAUCCCUCUGGAGGCAGAAGAUAUUCCAAUAGUUCCCACCACCUCAGGCACAAUGAUGGAGCUGAGGUGUGUCAUUGCAGUCAUUCGGCAUGGGGACAGAACUCCCAAACAGAAGAUGAAAAUGGAGGUUCGGCAUCAGAGAUUUUUUGACCUCUUUGAAAAAUGUGAUGGGUACAAAAGUGGAAAGCUGAAAUUAAAAAAGCCAAAGCAACUUCAGAAAGUUUUAGACAUUGCCCGACAGCUGUUGGUUGAACUUGGACAGAAUAAUGAUACAGAAAUUGAAGAAAGUAAAGCCAAACUUGAGCAGCUAAAAACAGUCCUUGAGAUGUAUGGCCAUUUUUCAGGCAUUAAUCGCAAGGUCCAGUUAACAUAUCUACCACAUGGUUGCCCAAAAACAUCUAGUGAGGAAGAAGAUGUAAGGAGGGAUGACCCAUCUUUAUUGCUGGUGCUCAAGUGGGGUGGUGAGUUGACUCCAGCAGGCAGGGUGCAGGCAGAGGAGCUGGGCCGAGCAUUUAGGUGCAUGUACCCUGGAGGACAAGGGGACUAUGCAGGAUUUCCUGGCUGCGGCCUGUUGCGUCUCCACAGUACGUAUCGACACGACCUAAAGAUCUACGCCUCUGAUGAAGGGCGAGUUCAGAUGACUGCAGCUGCUUUUGCCAAGGGCCUGCUGGCAUUGGAGGGUGAGUUGACUCCUAUCCUGGUGCAGAUGGUGAAGAGUGCCAACAUGAAUGGCUUGCUGGACAGUGACAGUGACUCUCUGAGCAGCUGCCAGCAGCGAGUCAAAGCUCGGCUUCAUGAAAUUCUGCAGAAGGACAGAGACUUUUCCUCUGAGGAUUAUGAGAAGCUGGCUCCCACUACAAGCACAUCACUGGUGAAGUCCAUGCAGAUGAUCAAGAACCCAGUGAAGACGUGCGAUAAGGUUUAUUUCCUUAUCCAUAACCUCACACUGCAGAUCAGGCAGAGAAUGGAAGACCCAAAGUCAGCAGAUAUUCAGCUGUACCACAGUGAAACUCUGGAGCUCAUGCUGCGGCGCUGGUCCAAGCUGGAAAAGGAUUUUAAGAUGAAGAAUGGUCGCUACAACAUCAGCAAAAUCCCAGACAUCUAUGAUUGCAUCAAAUAUGAUGUACAACACAACAGCUCACUUAAGCUGGACAACACCAUGGAGAUCUACCGGCUUUCUAAGGCUCUGGCCGAUAUUGUCAUUCCACAGGAAUAUGGUAUUUCUCAAGCUGAGAAGGUAGACAUUGCCAAAGGCUACUGCACGCCUCUCAUUCGCAAGAUCCGCUCAGAUCUGCAGAGGACCCAAGAUGAUGACACAGUUAAUAAGCUUCACCCAGUUUAUUCCAGAGGCGUCAUGUCUCCUGAACGUCAUGUGCGGACCAGGCUGUACUUCACCAGUGAGAGUCAUGUGCACUCCCUGCUCUCCAUUCUACGUUAUGGAGCCCUAUGUGAUGAGACCAAAGAUGAGCAGUGGAAGAGAGCAAUGGACUACCUACGAGUGGUCAGCGAGCUGAAUUACAUGACUCAGAUUGUGAUCAUGCUCUAUGAGGAUCCCAAUAAGGAUCCCUCAUCAGAGGAGCGUUUUCAUGUAGAGCUGCAUUUCAGUCCCGGAGCGAAGGGAUGUGAGGAGGACAAAAACCUGCCAUCAGGAUUUGGAUACAGACCUGCAUCCAGAGAGAACGAAGGCCCCAAAAAGAAGCUGCAGAGCGACAGCGAUGAGGAAACUAGUGUGUUGAAGCGGGACGAGCCAGACCGAGCGCUGGUGAUGUUUCGGCCUAUGGUGUCUGACCCAAUCUAUAUUCAUAGAAAGUCUCCUCUCCCACGUUCCAAAAAGAUCGGCUCUGUAGAGUCACCGUUGCUGACAGACUUUAUCAAGACUUCUCCUGGCAAAGAAGAAAGCCCCCUGAGUGUGUCUAGCCCUGAGUCUAUUGGUACCUGGAUACAUUACACCUGUGGUGUUGGUACUGGGCGUCGAAGACGCAGAUCAGGGGACCAAAUAACUUCCUCCCCUGUCUCCCCCAAAUCACUGGCUUUCACAUCAAGUAUUUUUGGCUCAUGGCAACAGGUUUUAUCAGAUAACAAUAGUCAUGCAAGGCCAGGCAGACUGCACACAGAUCCAAAGCUCACUCCUGGGAUUGGGUCUCAUUGUGCUGGCCUGUUUAGCACCAUGGUGCUGGGAGGCUCCUCCAGCGCUCCUAACCUACAAGAUUAUGCUCAUACACACCGUAAAAAGCUGACUUCUUCUGCCUUCUUAGAUGAGGCCACGCGCGGGUCUGCUGUAAAAAGAUUUUCUAUCUCAUUUGCGCGACACCCAACCAAUGUGUUUUCCAGUAUGUUCUGUGGUUUUGAGUUGUACUCCAUGGUUCCCUCCAUCUGUCCGCUGGAAACCCUUCACAACUCGCUGUCCCUCAAACAAGUCGACGAGUUCCUCGCCUCCAUCGCCAAAUCUCAUGACUCUCAGCUGGACAUUUCUACAGCCUCACCAGCUGUCCAAGGAAAGAAAGCUCCAUUAAACACUUAUACUCCUGCGAAGGUUCUACCUUGCCCGUUCACUCAGUCAGCAAAGAAGUCACCAGAGCACCCAUUAACAGUCAGUACUGGCUCUCCUUCCAGAUCGGCCUGUUUAGAUGAAGCAGACAUUGUUCAGCACGUUGCCCGUGGCGACAAGGCAUGGCUGCAGAAUUCAUCUCCACAGCCAACAGAGAGGAAAGCACCGGCUCAACCCAGCACCACAUCAUUGCGCAAUGCUGUUAGCAUCUCAGCCUGCCAGGAAACCCAGCCAGAUAAAACAUCAACCCAAACUCAAGCAUGGGCAGCAUGCUGUACGGUCUCUACCCAGUAUGCACCCUGUUCUCCUGAUAGUGUAACAAAAACUCAUCAGCCAUCUUCUUAUGAUGAACGCCAUCAUAUCAUUUCAAAACAGAUCAAUACCAGUAACAUUCAGAGAGCAGCAGAAGCAGCUCACUCUCACCAGCUUGCCAAGCAAACGUCUCGCACACCGCAGGCUUGCUUUUCAAAACCAGAGACUGUAACAGAGAAAUGCCUGUUAAAUAAUGUUCUUGAAGAAAAAGAAGUUUUAGAUUUUGUUAAACUGAACAAACACUGAAAGUCUUUUGCUUAAACAGUGCUGUUAAUCAGAGAGCACUGAUAAGCCUAUCAACACUGAGCACAGAGUUCCUAUCAAAGCCUCUCACUGACAAUAUUUAUAAACUGUGAUCAAUACUGUGAUUGUUUUGAUUUCUACAUUCAUUAUCCACUUCAGACAUUUAUUUACAUUGUUUACAUGAUGCCAACUGACAUGUCAACAGAACCCUAGAAGCUAUUUAUUGUUACAGAUUACUCAGAGCUGUUCACUUGUCACCAUGUGUCUGUGUAUCAGUGCUGGGUGACAAACUGUAAAUGCUGCUUUAGUUGGAAAAGCUGAUGCAUUUUAAGAACUCAUCAUAUUAGUCUUCAUUUUUUAAUCUUAAGUAACUACUCCAUACUUAACAGGAUCACAUUUAGAUCCAGAAUCUGUUCCGGAAACACUAGCACAAGGCAGGAAUACACCAUGCUGUAAGCCAGUGUUAGCUAAUUUAUCAAUUCAGGGUUUAUCGGGAGGUGCAGCGGUCUAACACGCUAUCACACUGUGGCGUGUUUAAACUCGCCAUCCUGAACUUGGUUGGGCAUCCACACAAACACAGUUGGCCGUGUUUCAUGGUAGGAUCGUUGGACAGGGUCUGCUCCCACUGUCGUUGUGAUAUGUGACGAGUCUAAACGCCUGUUUGGAAAGUAUGAAUAAUCCUAAUCUGGGUUGAUUGUCCUUUGUUUAUCUGUUUGCUGUGUUUCAGAUGAUCUGAGUACAGUUUACACUACAGUUUAGGUCAUCAUAUGAUUUGAUGCCCCCUCUAUAGAAAUAGCCACCUAUUUCGUAAGGCUAGCACAUGCUUUCUUCAAGACAAGCAGUGUAUUUGAUGUCCCAGGAUUCUCUAAACAGAGUGCGCUAACUGUCCUGACAGAGAUGUGACAUGUCACAUGAUUGACCCAGGAACUGCAUUUCUGUUGCUUGUAUCAGUCAGCUCUUGACCACCUGAUGGUUUAUAGCAUUGCUGAUACUUAGUUCAGUCACCCCUGAAUGAUUGUCAAUGUCUGUUGUGCCACUCAAGACCAGUCAGUGCUUUAUUUCCUUCACUUUUUAUGUUUUAAAUAACCCAUUUCAUGUCAUUCCAAUUUCAGUGUCCACUUUUGAAAGCUGACAACGUUCAUGUCAUGUUACAUUGGGAUUUAUUUUCAAAAGAAUCCAGUUUUAACAGUUGUAUUACAGUGACAGAAUGUAAAAUAUUAAAUACACUCAUCCCACUUUAAAUGCCAAAUACAAUGCCAUGUUUAUUGUCAUUAUUACAUUUGUGUAUUUAAAUGUUAGAAAGUACAAUCAAAUGUAUACAGUGCAGAUCAGAAGUAUCUUAGUGUUUUUUUAUAAUAGUUUCUUAAAAGCCCAGCACUUUCUGGAUCUCAAGUUAAAAUCUAAAGUGAAAUGUAGUAAUAAAGAAGUGCUAUUUUUAAUACAUAUUUUUGGUUACGAAAAAUCUUUCAUUUUUAUUUUACUAAAUUUGGUGAAAAAUCUGCCUUAGAGUUACCUUUGUGAAAUAUAUUUCCAUCACAUCAUCACAUGAUAACCAGAAACCAUAACCAUAUGUUAUCAUAAACUUACAUAAAUUAGAAUGUAUAUACAUGUAUGUUUGUAUUUAUAUGGGAAUAAACCUUGGAUGAACUUC